GUAAAUCCGAUUUCCACCAAAUUUGGUAUGCACAUUCCUUGAAAUCGGGAAGAGAGCAUAGGAUGGUCAAAACUCCAUAAACAUAUUCUGAGUUUGAUUCUCGGUGAGGUCGCUUUCUGUAGCUCGGAAACUCAGUUUGAGAGAAGAACGGCACCAAGCCCAGAGUUUUUCUUUUCUUUUCUUUUGAAGAAGGGGUUGCAGGAACAAGGGCCACAACCCCGUGAAAUGAAACUGCCUUGGGUUCGAUUCGCAAUGAAAAUUGCUUUUGUGGCUCGGAAGCUAAGUAUCAUAGAAGAAGGGAUUGAGUCAUGACGAUGGUGUUAGUAACUCGGAAACCGAGCACCACAGAAUGACGUAAAGAUCGAAAUUUUAUUUUAGUGGAGAUAUUACAAUAACUGGGUCACACACCCCCAAAACUGCUCUGGGUUCGAGUCUCGGUAAAGAUAUUUGGGUUUAGGAAUGAUGAUAAUUUUUUCUGUGAUAUUCAGCGAUACAUAUCGAAUGAUAAGGCCUAUGGUAAGCUUUCGGGCAAUAAAUAUCGAUAAGAAAUUUAAGCAUUCGUCGAAUAUCCCCACAGCAACACUGUGGGAGCUCUGCUACUAAGAAAUGUAACUGAUGUAGCAUAAAAAUCUCCUGAUUGGAUGUAACGGACUUGCUCCAGACAUUUAUCUUUCUGUUACCUAGUGACAGAUCCAGGUAUAUCUCGUAUUAUUACAACCUAUCCAUAACCCAUCAGUUGCACGCUCAACUCUUACGGCUUCUAGCUAGUUUUCCAUAAACCGCGAACUUUUACUGCGCCAGUGGAUUACUUAACAACGCUUUUACAAUUGCAGAGUUUCAUAUAGCACGGACUGUGAUCGUGGAUAGUGAAUAAUUAAGAAUAUUUUAAUACUUACUCUUGGUCAGUUUUAAGAUACAAUUUCAGUGGUUUAUUUGAUCGUAAGUUAUAUUAUGUUGAGCGUGUAAGGCAUUAUAUAACAGGGUACUUUGCAGUUUAUAGUCUUGCUAGCAUGAAACUUGUCAGGCUAAGGGAAAAACAGAGAUUCAGGAUGUUUGAGAGCAGGGCUCUGAGUAAAAUAUUUGGGCCUAAGAGGAGUGAAGUAGCAGGAGGGUGGAGAAUUUAUAAUAAGCACCAUAAAUUAUACCAAACAUUGUUGGGGGUAUGAAAUUAAGGAGGAUGGGAUUGACGGAGCAUGGUUGGAAAGUCCGAAGGAAAAAGGCCACUUAGAAGACGCAUGUGUAGAUGGGAGGAUAUAAAAAUUAUUAUUAGUGGAAUAGGGUGAGAGAACGUGGGCUGUGUUAAUCUGGUUCAGGAUUGGGACCGGUAGUGAGCGUGGUAAUGAACCUUCUGAUGUCAUAAAAGACGGGGAAUUUGUUGACUAGCCCAGCGUACUGCCAGCUUGACAUGAAGGACUUUUCUCCAUGGAGACACCACACGUUACCUAACAAAUAUUUGAUACUCGGUAGAAGUGAAGUAACUACCAGUGACAUGAAGAGUGCCAUGCGACAGGCUGCGUACUGAUGCAUGUGACGUUUGACGCGUCAGAUGGUGGCAGCUGAUGGCGAACUGUGUGUGGGCUAUGGAGCUAAAACGAUCAUCAGUCACGCUUCCAGAAUUGCUUUACAGCUGUCAAAUACAUCGAAGAAAAAACUAAUGCAUACCGUAAUGGGGAUUCCGUGUCUAUCCAUUCGUCCUCCCGCAUGUUUUAUCUUUGAAACUAGUGAAUGAUUUUCUAUCAUAUUUGUUAUUAGCUUACUGUUAUACACUAAAUUAUGUCGAGCGAUUUUAAUUUUGCUUCAUAUCGAUUAAAUUGUGCGUGAAGGUCGAGGCGAAGCCGUAAUGUCUCUCUCUAGAAAAUGUACGCAUCUAGUCAAAGCUUCGUAGCAUUGGAAGGUUGAAACAUUGUCCCUGCUCUGAUAUGUUCAAACACAGAUGAACUAAUAAGGCUGUAACUGCGAGUCAGCUGUUACAUAGCCUUGGGCGGGAGAUGCCACAAGAUUUCUUUCUCUCAAUGCUGUCAGUGUUGCAGGGAUACGGAGCGAGAUGACUACGCUGUUCGUGUUCUUGGCGUUGCUCUGCACUUCACAGUGUCUCCUACAGUGCAGGGAUGAACGUAAUAAACCUGUAGACUGGUGUGUGAUCUAUAAACUGCCUCGCAUUAAGACCAGCAGUAACAGCUUGAUCCGAAAAGGUGUAGCCUACGCAUAUAUCACAUCCAGCAAUAUAUCCAGAGGAUGGGCAAUAUCUGAUUUAUCCAUUAACGAUACCAAGUCAGUACCUGGCCGCAUUCUUCAACCCCUGUACAACUCUUCACAUAUGUUUAGGGUAAAUUCCUUGUUGUGGGUGCUGUAUAAUGACCAAGCACCAGAUAAGACUUACAGGUCCGAACUAGGCCACACUAAAGGUGUUGUCAUGGCUGAGGCUGAUAAAGGCUUCUGGUUGGUGCACAGUGUUCCACACUUCCCCCCUCUACCUGACAAUGUGACAAAUUCAACGACUAAAUUCCACAGUAAUGGUUACAGCUAUCCUCUCACAGGGCGUCAUUACGGACAGAGUUUCCUUUGCGUCAGCCUGAAUACCAGUCAGUUGGACCUUGUAGGUAUUCAGCUAACAUACAAUGAACCAUUUAUCUAUGGCUCAAAUAUACCUGUGAGCCUGGAAAGCAAUUUUCCUCACCUCAUAGCAGCUACAAGAAAUGAACGAGUUAAGGUUGCCCCUUGGUUCCAUCAACAGGAGAUAAUUUCACUUGCAGGACAGACAUUUUACUCUUUUGCAAAAGCAGGAAAAUUUGACAAAGAACUUUACUUUGACUGGGUAGCACCAGCAUUGCAGACUAGUCUUCUAGUUGAGACGUGGCGUAAUGGUAGGGGCAAAUUGCCAUCCAGCUGCAAUAGUACUUUUAUGGUUGAAAAUAUUUCAUCAGUGAGUCUGAAUGCUGGAAAUAUUAAUUUUAAGUCAACUGAAGACCACUCUAAGUGGGUGACAGCGUAUGGAGAUGAUAACACAACAAAAUACUGGGUUUGUAUAGGAGACAUCAACCGAAUGUCUUUCCUUCUUUCAGAAAAGUCAAGAGAAAAGGGGUGGUGGUACUGUCUGCGUAAAUCAUCCCAAACUGUGGCCAGAAUACAUUCAAAUUGUCAGCGGUACUGAUCCUUGUCCAGCUGAUGUAUAAUUCUAUUUUUUAUCUUUUAUGUAGCUUGUGAAUUCUUUGAAUUACAACAACAUAAAUGUUCAAUGGUUACUGUUUAUUUGUUUCAAAAUGUAGUGAUACUUUGCCUUCAGUAAGUUGAGAACAUGCUCCUAUGUACAUAGAUAAAUUCUUAUAGUUCAA